AUGGCUCCCCCCAAGGAACUUAGCAGACAUCAACUCUCGUCUCGCUUACAAUACCAGUCUCAAACACCCGCUUUCCUCCAAAGAUUUCAGAACAGAGUCCGAGGAGGUCAAGCUGAGGACGAGGACGAGCCUCAGUACUACGACGAUGGCUCAGGCCGACCGCCGAUUCCUAUUCGACCAGACAUCCCAGAGCGCCCCAACAAUGAGCGGGGAAGCGCUAGUGAGGAUGAUGAUGACGAAAGACCUCAGGUUGUUGUGCUGAAGGAAGGCAAACAUCUCACUGGGAGGGAAGCAGAGAACGAGAGGAGGAAAGCGAAGGGCCUUCCGUUACUGCCGACAAACGAGGAUCCACCGCAAAAGGAGGAUAAAGAACAGUCAACAGGAGAUAAACCAUCCGCAAAAACAAAACACACAACUAGCCUGUCUUUUUCGUCCUCUAGAGAAAAAUCCAGUUCAACCGCAAGUAAGGCCAAGCGGAAGAUCAUAACGGAUGAUAACGAAGGUGACGGUGGAGGCAGCCAACCGAAGAAAACUUCGAGAAAGAAAUCGAAGCGUGAGGGAAAGAGUCUUCUCUCAUUCGCAGAGGAUGUCUGA